AUGACAGAUGAUAAUUCAAACAACCCAUAUACAAUCAAUGAGCCAGUAGUACCAGUUCCAGUAUCUAAUGCUUUACAUGAGGCUGUAAUAAAGCAUUCUUCAGGCCAGGACAGUUACAUGCAUCCAGAUGAAACUCCAUUAAGCAGAACAUCUUCACAACCCUUCAAUGGGUUACGAGCGACUAUACCUGAUCUUGCACCACAAAGAACGUCAGAGCAAGAACAUUGCAUUCAAUUUCUACCUGAUUUUUCUUGCGUUGUGGAUGAUGGUGUCCCUUUAUUGGUCUCUGAAAUUAAACCAUUUGGGUGUGGUCCUCUAAAAAGGAAAAAAGAUAUUGUAAGAGUUCAUUUGCGAGCAAGAAAAGCAAUUAAUCAGCAAUUGUCUUUGAAAAGUGGUCCAGGAGAGUCGGAGAUAUUUCUUAACUGUGGUUUUGUUUUUAUAUGA